AUGGAGAAACCGUGGAAAGAAUCGUACCAACAGACGAAAACUGCAAAAGUGGAGCAAACCUGUGUGCUGGAGAAUAACAGAACAGUGGUAAAAACACUAGGAUGCAUAUUUGUAUACAAAGGAUACGACACGCUAUUCCUACAUCCAGGCACAUAUACCAUCUGGAACCAACAGGUUGAUGGUACUGGAAUCGGUGUCAUCUGCAGAGUAAAUUUUUUUCUUUCUUUUUUGAUGAAUUUUGCCCGCUAA